GGAUCUGUUGGUGCUGCUACUGUUAGUGAUAGUAAAGUAUUAGAUAAGAGAAGGCUACAAGAAUUAGUGAAAGAAGUUGAUCCUUUAGAACAACUAGAUGAUGAUGUGGAAGAGGUGUUGUUACAAGUAGCAGAUGAUUUUAUAGAGAAUGUUGUUAGCUCAGCUUGUCAAAUAGCUAAACAUAGAAAAUCUAAUACAUUAGAAGUAAAAGAUGUUCAGCUAUAUCUAGAAAGAACAUGGAACAUGUGGUUACCUGGAUUUGGUUCAGAAGAUGUCCGACCAUUUAAAAAGGCCUGUGUUACAGAGGCUCAUAAACAGAGAAUGGCUUUGAUAAGAAAGACAUUAAAGAAA